GGUAUACUUGCCACUUCUACUUGCCGCUCUACCUGUCGUUCCAGCCAUUCCACCCCAACUCGCCUCGAGGAUCAUGUCCGCUCAAGCAGCAACCGUCCAGGUUCUCAGCUCCCUGGAAGCGACCAGCGCCAUCCCGAAUGUGUUCGCCACAACCACCGCAGCUGCAGCGCUGGUUGCCACAACUACCGCAGCUUCAGCGUUGAAUGCCACAACUACCGCAGCUGUAGUACCGACGGCCACGAUCAAUGUUCACUAUCCUCCCGUUCCGCCCGGCUAUCUCGACAGCCUCCCAACCUCAAAUCCCUGGCAGUCAUUUCACCGACCGCCUUUACCAAAGAGCUAUGCUAUACCCAGAGACCCGAAAGCUGUGCCAAAAAAGUCCGCUCAGAAUCCCGUCGCAAACAGCUUUAAUCUGAACGAGUUCCUGGCAACUCUUGGUGGAAUCUUUGGCGUUGUGGUCCUUGCUGUUGCAUUUCUCCUCAUCUACCGAUGGAAGAAGGGUAUCAAGGCCAUCAAGUAUAUUGAUCAUGAGAGACAGGAGGCAGUCUAUCUUGCUGAAGUUGCAGCCGAUAAAGAGCCAGAGCCAGAGCCAGAGCCAGAGCCAGAGCCAGAACCAAGCCCUUUGCCUGCGUCUCAUGCCUCGUCGUUGCGAGCUGUCCCGGCUGUUGUGCUCUGAGAGCAAAACUGUAGAACCCGCUGCUCAUAGCAAGUAUCGCAACGAAUAAUGCUGCAAGCGCAAAGGAAAUCCAGAUUGUCCCUUCCUAUAUCUGGAACCUGCUAAAGUAAGCACAGGCUUGCAGCCCGACGAUAUGAAGGCUGCAUAGUCCCAGCAGUGCAUAACGUGGUUUUAUCGACAUCAAUAUACUUGGGCGAACGAUUCGCUCGGAUGCAUGUCCUUUGUCGCCACGGUCGUUGUGGACGUAUGUAUUCCCCUCAACAAUUAGAAUCC